AUGCGACCCAGACUCAUCGCUAUACUCGACAGUGUCUCGACCGAGGUAGACACGCAAUGCAGCAUCUGUCUCGAGCCGCAACGGAGCAUGCGUCGUCUUGAAGUCUGUGGCCACAUGUUCUGCGCAGACUGCCUGAUGGCGCAAAUGAAAAGCAAGAUGGUCAGACGUUAUGAUUGCGCGUUGUGUCGCAGGAGUCUUCUUGCUUUUCGCCGUCCGGGUGCUUUGUGGUAG